AUGGGGCAGAAAGUUGAAAAAUAUGUCGCAUCUUUUCAAGUGUGCUUGCGAACAACACUUGUGAUUGGGCAGCUAUUUUCACUUUUACCAGUAAAUGGAGUGUGGAGCAAGAAGGCUUCUGACGUCAAAUUCGUAUGGGCGUCAUGGAAGUGCACUUACUUAUUCCUGUCGUUGCUGGGACAAAUUUUUAUAACCGUAAUGUGCAUCCAUAAAGUUUUACAUUCUACGUCGUCAUUAAACGGAACAACUCCAAUAAUAUUCUAUAGUACAACUUGUGUAACGAUGUUGCUAUUUUUAAAAGUGGCGAGGAUGUGGCCUACACUGGUGAAGGAAAUCGCUCGUAUCGAAGAUUUAGAUCCGUACCAUAAUAAAAGUCUCGUCAACAAGUGUAAUGCUACGUGUGCUAUUGUGUUAAGUUUGGCUUUAUUGGAGCAUGUAUUGUCAUUACUAUCAGCCAUUGCUGGAACUAUGGCGUGCAUCUCAAAUGAGCUUUCUUAUCGGCAUUUUGUCAAACAUUUCUACCCAUGGGUGUUUAAUUUUUUACCAUAUACUUUCUGGCUGGGAAUUUUAACGCAGUUCCUUCACUUCCAGUCAACGUUUAUUUGGAACUUUUCGGACCUGUUCGUGAUAUGCAUGAGUUAUUAUUUAACAGCGCGACUGGAUCACGUUAACCAAAAACUAUUGAAUGCACAAGGAAAAUAUUUACCUGAAGUAUUUUGGAGAACAACACGCGAAGAUUACGGACGAGCUGUGCAGCUAGUUCGAAGAGUGGACGAAGUUAUCAGUGGAAUUAUUUUCAUAUCUUUUGCAAAUAACCUUUUCUUCAUUUGUCUUCAACUAUUUAAUACUUUGGAAGAUGGAAUCAAAGGACAAGCUGAAUGUGACAAUAGAGAAAAAGGGAAAACUAACCUACUUGGUGGUUACGAAGCGGCUCUAUAUUUUCUUUUUUCGCUAUUUUACCUGAUUGCUAGAUCAGUUUCAGUAUCACUGAUUGCAUCACAAGUAAAUACAGCAUCAACUGUGCCUGCACCCGUCUUGUAUGACGUGCCAUCUCCUGUGUAUUGUGUAGAGGUUCAAAGGUUUUUGGAUCAGGUGAACGGAGAUAAAGUGGCAUUAAGUGGGUUACAGUUCUUCAGUAUUACUAAAGGAUUAUUGUUGACAGUUGCCGGAACGAUCGUCACGUACGAGCUAGUGAUGUUCCAGUUCAACGCAACACCUUCAACUCCCGAUAUAACUACUACCCCAAUAUCUCUUAAUAUCACUACACCUGUUUUUAACUUAAAUACU